AUGUCCAUGAGCUUGGAAAAUUACCAACUUGCUUCCCCUCAGGUAAAUUGUUUAAAUUUGUCUUCUCUCUCAUCACAGGUAUACGUUCAUAUUCCCGGUGCCAAAAAGCUGAUGGUUGAACUGCCUCUGGUCAUUGGCACAAUUCCAUGUACAGUUUUUUCCAGCAGGAACUCAGAUUUUGUCAACCAGCUGGCCAUGGAUAUGAGGUGGCUGGCUCAGACUCUGCCAGAUCAUCCGGAAGCACCACCCAAUUAUGCUGAUAUAGUAUCGGAGGAAGAAUAUGGAAGACAUGUUACCGUUUAUCCCACUUCAGUGGAUUGUGAGGAACAGCUGCCUUGUCCUAUGCUCGCCUACAUCCAAGAAUUCCGAUUUCAGCCGCCGCCUCUCUAUUCAGAGGUUGACCCCUAUCCUCCUGAAGUAGAAGACAAUCUGCCAGUUGCACUCAUGGAUUAAGGGCGAUUCCAAAAAGCCUUGAUUUGGGUUUUUUUCUCCUAUUGCCUCUGCUUGAAGCAAAUCUUUUUUUGUUUUCUUCCAUUAAAGCAAUUUAAAGUUGGAGCAGGCACCAGAAGACCUAAGUAAAAGCGAAUCUUGAACAAGAAGGGAAGCGUGGAAGAAUGGGUUGUUGAAGUCAUUGGCCCACACAACGAAGCCUGGACAUUUUUUGGCCAGAUACUUAUUAUUUAUUAAAUUUUUAUCCCACCCAUCACCCCUAAACAUUGACUCUGGGCCAUAUCUGAGAAGAACCUGAGUUGAGGUUGUGGUGCCUCUUCUCAGUAGUGUUCAGAAUAUUUCAGAGAGCAGUAAAAUAACCAGCUACAGAAGGUCUGCCUUUGGGAAUACAAAUAUCUGCAACUGUAUCCAGAUGCAAGGAUUUCUGCCUGGGAUGUUCAACUCCCUAUCAAGAUUAUGUGAGAUUUUGACUCCGCAGAUUAUUUUUCCUGCUAUACACACGAACGUACCAUUCCUAAGAUUAAUAAUCACAGAGCAACACUGUGACAUUUUUUUUACCAAGGGAGCGAUAUUAAAAAAUACUCUAUGCAAUGUUGCAUAGGCAGAAGCUUAGUAUCACUGCCAGCUUUGGAAAUUGCAAUUUUAGAGCUGAGGCUGGAUUUCAGGAAACGCUUUGCUCCGCACUUCUGAUUGUUGAGAUUUUUUUGUGGGGGGAGGGGUGCUUCAGCAAUGUGGCAUGAUUUGGCAAGGGGCCAGGACAGCCCAACCUUUCAAUCAGGAUGUCUUCGGCAACUUGAGAUCCUGUGUCACAACUUGAACCUCUAAGUAAAAACGAUCCUUGGCUCCAAUCUUUGGGAUAGGUAUAGCUUUAAUGCAAGUUAAGUGUAUAGCAGUCAUGCAUUGCCAGAAUUGAGCAUUGUGCACCAAAAACCCUAAGUUCACAUUUUCCCUUAAGUGUCUCCCAUCGCUGAUUCCCCCCCCCCUCUCCCCGCAUGACUAGUCAGGUUCAGGCAAGAUAUUUUCAGAACCUGUUUGUCUCCCAGCGGGUGACCUUGAAGCAGCCUCUCGGGGAGACACAGAAGUUAUUUUCGCUUUCCCCCAAGUGUCCAACCCUUCCCAGAGUUCAUGGUGGACUUUCGCCACAUGGCAGUGAAGCACACAAGCGUAAGAUGGCAGGUGACAUGCUGCUGCUUUGGCACUUUAUAUCAGCUAAGCUGAACAUAACAAAGAUGCUUUUGCGCUCUUUAAAAACUUGCAUAGUGAAUGAUGAAACUCUAUAGGAAUAUAUCCAUGGAAUGAUAAAAGAUCCUGUAAAAAUAAAAAUCCCUCUACUCCUUCCUAGGAUAGGAGUUGAGACCAAAAAUAUUUUCCACUGAGGCCAGCUUGCCUUUCUUAGGAUUAACAGAAUCCAAAUAGAGACCAUGGUUAACAGAUCCAGAUAACCUUCUGUGAAGUUUUAUGAGAAAUGAAUUAUAGGUACUGUGAUACGUGGAUUUAAAAUUUAGGAUUAAAUUAUUAGGGUGCAAUUAUUCUUUAAAUUUGUUUCUCAGGUCAGGGUGCUUUGUUCUGAGGGUAAAGUCUUAUCUUCCUUCUUAAUUCCUGGAAAAUUCUGUACUGUAACCUUUUAGCCUUUGCACUACAAUUCCCGUCCAGGAAUAUCACCCGCGUUUCCAUCCAUAAAACGAUGGUCCUCGACUUAACCACCACAAAAUUUCUGUUGGCAAGCAAGAAAGUUGUAAGUCGAGGACUGCCUGCACUAAAACCAAUACUUCUGCAGGGUGAGAAAUGUCCUAUUUUCUUGAUUGGUAGGCCACACUGGCCAUCUGCACUAUGGCACUUCUACCUUGUCUUUGAGCGCAGUGGUUAGAAUGCAGUACUGCAGUUGCCUGCAGUUCGGCAGUUCGAUUCUCACCAAGCUCAAGGUUGACUCACACUUACAUCCUUCCGAGGUCGGUAAAAUGAAAUUUGAUGGGGGCAAGAUGCUUGCUCUGUUAAACUGCUUAGAGGGGGCUGUGAAGCACUGUGAAGUGUAUAUAAGUUUUAAGUGCUAUUGCAAUUGCUAUUGUUAUUGUCUUUCAGAAGUUUUGGGUUUGGACCAAUGGUGGGUUCUGGGUGGUGUGCCCCGGUACACACGUACCGGUGCCUGUCGGAAACAGCAGCCACAGUACCAGAACAGUGCUUUGGAGGGCUCACCCACCCUCAUUCCUUACCCGUAUUUGAAGGAAACGGGCCAUUUGUGCACGCACGC